AGAGUCUAGCAGGUGGCGGUAGUGCACCUUUACGCUGGUCACCGACCACCAGAAGAAGCAGUAACCGGAAGCUGCUAGCUCAGCUAGCUUGUUGUUGUUCCGGUGUGUGAGGAGAAUAUUUGAGGCGGUUAGCUCUACUCCUUGAACUCUGGUUUCCAGACUGGAACUGUCCUCAGCAAUCAGAACCAAAGCGUUGGCUCUUUAAUCUCCUGCGGUGUUCUGAAGCAGCAUCUUAAUCCGUUCUCCUGCAUUGUUUCUAUUGCAGCUGUUAGCUAAACACGGCUAAAGAAAACCUGCUACCACUUUAGGAUCAUCCAUCAGCUGGGACUGAUUCAUCGUGUGUUCUUCACCCCCUGGACCUGGACAGCAUGGACACAGGUACUGAUGGGUGAAUGAAUAUAUUAUAACUGCAUGGUGGGACAUUACAGUACCUCUCCAUGAGGUGUUAUCAUUAAAUAAUGUUCAUGUUGGUUUUUAGUCUGCUGCAGCAGCUCGGUCCGAACCUCUCUGGUUCGGUUCUUUCUUCACAGAGGAGAGAAGCUCCAGAGCUUUUGAACUAUUGAACUAACUUUAAUUUUUAACACAGCAGGACUUCAAGACGAGGAGGCAGUGAUUGAAUUUUAUCUUUGUUUACUAAAAUGAUCAAAUAAAUGGUAAAAGACAGCUCAGUUGAAACUAAAUAGAAUUGAAAACAUGAAAUCGAAAUAAAAUAACAAAAUAAUGAAAAAUGCAAAACAAAUUUUAAGUUUUUCUUUAGGAAAGAUGGAUCUAGUUUGUGAGUGGUUGAAAUCACCCUGGUUGCUAGUUUGACGUCCUCAAUGAGGUUUCAGACCCUUAUACUUAAUGGGCUGUCUACCAGACUCAGUAGCUGACAUGUCAGCAGGUUUCUCCUCACAACGUGGUGAAAAGAGAGCUGAGUCGGAAGGCGAAGCUCUUCAUUGGUGGAUCUAUGUUCCCACCCUCAUCUAUGGUCAUGAGCUUGGGUAGUGUCUGAUAGAACUAGAUCGUGGAAACAAUGUCCAAAAUUAGUGUUCUCCACAGGGUGUCUGGGCUCUCCCUUAGAAAUAGGGUGAGAAAGUCCGUCAUCUAGGAGAGGCUUGUAGUAGAUCCGCUGCUCCUCCACAUGGAGAUGAGCCGUUGAGGUGGCUCAGGCAUCUGAUUUUGAUGCCUCCUUGUGAGGUUUUCCAGGCACGUUCACCCAGGAGGAUACCUAAAGGAAGACUCAGGACACGCUGGAGGGACUAUGUCUCUUGGCUGGCCAAAGAAUGCCUUGGGAUACCCACCGUUGGAGCUGGCCCAAAUGUUCAACAGAUGGUGCAGGUUAAAGAAGAUCCUGAAGAACAGAGUGCUGGUGUGGACCAGCAGGACCCAGAACACCUCCACAUAAAGGAGGAAAAGGAGGAACUCUGGACCAGUCUUAAGGGAGAGCAUCUCCAUUUGAAGGAGGAGACUGAUUCUGCCAGCUUUCAAUUCAGUGCUGUUUCUAUAAAGAGUGAGGAUGAUGAAGAGAAACGUCUGUUUUCACAGCUUCAUCAGCAGCAAAUAGAAGACAGAGUUGUUCCAACUAGCAGCUCAUCUGACCAGAUGACAGCAGAAACAUGUGGAGUAUCAGGAACUAGCAGGAACCUAGAUCUGAACCCUCAUGAACAAACAUCUGAUUCUUCAGAGACUGAAGUUAGUGGAGAUGAUGAUAUGAAUCUAGACCCUGGGAUGUCAGACUCUGGGUCUGAAACUGGAGACGAAGACCAUGACUGGAAUGAGAAAAGGUCUUCUGAGUUAGAUGUUAAUACUGUCAACAUAUCCUUGAGCUGUCCUGAGUGUGGUGAACAAUUUCAUGACAAGCAGUCUCUCCAGAAACAUGUGAGAGUAACCAGUCAUUCAGCAAUAAGGUCUUUGGUUAAUAAGAAAUCGGUUAGACUGAAGCAACAUGUAGACUCACAUAGGAAAGUCCAGAAAGAACUAAAAUCAUUUUGUUGUGGUGACUGUGGAAAUAUAUUUAGGAGAAAAUCAACUUUAAACGAUCACAUGAGAGUCCACACAGGACAUAAACCUUUUGUCUGUGAGCUCUGUGGAAAAAGAUUUACCCAAAAGUCGACUUUAAGCAUUCACAUGAUAGUCCACACAGGACAUAAACCUUUUGCCUGUGAGCUCUGUGGAAAAAGAUUUACCCAAAAGUCGUCUUUAAACACUCACAUGAGAGUCCACAUAGGACAUAAACCUUUUGCCUGUGAGCUCUGUGGACAAAAAUUUUCCCGUAAGUCAACAUUAAACGAUCACAUGAGAAUCCACACAGGACAUAAACCUUUUGUCUGCGUGCUCUGUGGACAAAGAUUUAACCAUAAGUCAGGUUUAAAUAGCCACAUGACAGUCCACACAGGAGAGAAACAGUUUGCUUGCGAGUUCUGUGGACAAAAAUUUACCGAAAAGUAUGGUUUAAACCGUCACAUGAGAGUCCACUCAGGACAUAAACCUUUUGCCUGUGAGCUCUGUGGAAAAAGGUUUACCCAAAAGUCGAAUUUACACACUCACAUGAGAGUCCACACUGGACAGAAACCUUUUCUCUGUGAGUUCUGUGGACAAAGAUUUACCCAAAAGUCGGAUUUAAAAGUUCACAUGAGAGUCCACAAUGGACAUAAACCAUAUGCUUGAGUUCUGUGGAGAAAGAUAUGGAGAAAAGAAAAUUUUACUCAAGCACACGAGUGUCCUCACAGGAUAAAAACCUUCUGUUUGUGAGCUCUGUGGACAAAUUUAAAGUGACUGUGUACUUUCCCUGGCAAUAGGGGACAGUACAAACAUAAAUGAUUGCAAACAAGCAGUAUUUUUGUGUUCAAGUAAGAUUUCACUAGUGUAUGGCUAUUAGGGUAAAAAAGCUCUGCACUUUUCAAACAUGUACUUUGUCAGAUCUCUGCUGCGGGGGUGGGGGUUGGGUGUUUGUUCUCCCGACUGACCUAUGUUCAGUUGUGUCAAGUAUUUUAGACUUCUGUGUUUUUACACUGCUAUUAACUCACUCACUGCCAGCCGUUUCCUGAUCAGAAAAGCCCUUCGUUGCCAGCAUUUUUCAGUGUUUUCACUGUAUUUUAAGAGUCACAGAACGUUGGACGCUAGGGUGAUGCCAACGCCAAAACUAACAAAAUAAAGAGUAGACUCACCUCUAAAAUCAGGAAGAAUCCGCGCAUUUCAAGUGUUAUUCGUUUUUUCAUAAUCCGUUGUUGAAUUGUGAUCGGCAAAAGCUUUUCCUGUUUGAUCCUCACUUUUAUUACAGUAACGGCCCAAAACGAUCUGCUAAAACAUGGAUUUUCUGCUUCCUGAUCACAUGAUGUGUGACAUAUGCAGAUGAAGAUAGGCUUUAGAGCUGGGAUGUUUCUUCUCACAGUGCGGGGGCUCGUUCCGCCCACAUAGUAAAAAAAAAAUUGGCAGUUAAUGAGUUAUGUUAUGGUGGUUGGGUUAGGGUCAGGGUUGAGGGGGUUACAGAUAGUGUCUUCUUAAUAGGCUUCCAGCAACAAAAUGGGGUUUAAUAUAACAUUUAGUUGACUUAAAAGUGGAGCUAAAAGCACAACUUCUCUUCUUUUAGUAAAAGCAAUGUUUGGGAUCCUUAGCACAAAAAUGUCUUUUAGCAAAAGGUGUAUCUAAAAUUAUAUAAUAUUUUAUGUCUCUUUUUUUAUAUACACGGUUUCCAUCCUUUGCUUCAGUUUUCACCAAACACAAUAAAAUAUAGACCCAUUGCAUGUUAUUGUUUACAUCCAGGGAAACAAUAACAUUUAAGUCCACACUAGCUGGAGGGCUAGAACCCCAUCUCCAGCCGUUACCCAGAGCUGUAUCUUCAUGAUUUAUGCUAACAAAAUAUAACCUAGGGAUUUAGAUAUGACUACUUUAGAUUAUCUAACACAUCUUGGUGUAGUUGAACAAAAAAUAAACAUCUCUAAGCUAAUGAUGUUUAGCACAAAGCUUCCGGAUGAGUUUGAAAUAGCUAGCUAGACGACAGUCCUCAGAACUGGCUGUCUGGCGUUCUCACAGCUGAACCGAAGGAGUGUAAGGAGCAUAAUUAUUUAAUUAAAGUCCUUAGAUGGCGGCUCUAAUUUGUUUGUUUCUGGACAUGUGAGGCAGAAUGUUUACUUUAAUUCUGUCUCAAGACUGUCACACUAUGUGGGUGGUUUAGCCAGUAGAACUGGUACUUCUUUUAGUUUAUUUAAUUAGCUGGAAACCUGUAAAAUUUAUCUUUUCUGUCCUUCGUCUACUUGUGCAGCCUACAGGACUGUGUGUUUUUUCUAGUUUUAGUCUUCAGUGUUUUAUAUCUAAUUGUAUUGUUAAUUUUUGUUUUGUCCUUUAUUACUGUAAAGCAUAUUGAGUCGCCUUUGUUUGGCAAAUGUGCUACAUAAAUAAAGCUGUCUUGACUA